UAAUUGGAGUCUAAAACCCCGACGGAAUCUUGAAACAGAACCUCUUCAGCCACCACCACCACAUCCGUCUCUGCCGUCGAUACCUGACCAAUCGAAAGAAAUGACCAAGGAGGGGUUCCGCAUACUGGAUGAGAAGUCGUUGAAGGAAUAUAUAAAAGCCACGCCAUCGUUGGCUUCGAAGCUCGGGAAUCAAGUUGAUAACCUGGAAAUCAAAGAAGUUGGGGAUGGCAAUCUCAAUUUCGUCUACAUCGUUAUCUCUCCAUCUGGUUCGCUUGUUAUCAAACAGGCUGUACCAUAUGUCCGUUGUAUUGGUGAAUCAUGGCCAAUGACCAAGGAAAGAUCUUAUUUUGAAGCCACAGCUCUUAAACGUCAGCAUGCUUUGUCGCCUAAACAUGUCCCAGAAGUUUAUCACUUUGACAGAACCAUGUCAUUGAUUGGUAUGCGGUAUGUAGAACCUCCACAUAUAAUCUUGAGGAAAGGAUUGAUUGCUGGAGUGGAGUAUCCCUUAUUAGCUGAACACAUGGCAGAAUUUAUGGCCAACACUCUCUUUUACACAUCUCUUCUCUAUCUGACAACCACAGAACACAAAAAUGCAGUGGCUGAAUUUUGUGCAAACGUGGAGCUAUGCAGGCUGACUGAGCAAGUGGUGUUUUCAGACCCUUACAGGAUUUCUGAAUAUAACCAUUGGACAUCACCUUAUCUUGAUACUGAUGCAGAGGCCGUUCGGAAUGACAAAAUAUUAAAGCUUGAAGUUGCUGAGCUGAAGUCUAAGUUCUGUGAAAAAACACAAGCUCUAAUACAUGGUGAUCUCCAUACUGGUUCUAUCAUGGCUACUCAUGAUUCAACUCAAGUCAUUGAUCCAGAAUUUGCUUUCUAUGGGCCAAUGGGGUUUGAUGUUGGUGCUUUUAUUGGAAACCUGUUUUUGGCCUAUUUCGCACAAGAUGGACAUGCAGAUCAGGGGAAUGACAGAAAAACAUAUAAAGCAUGGAUAAUGGAUACGGUAGCCGACACUUGGAAUCUCUUUCACAAAAAAUUUACAUCUCUUUGGGAUAUUCACAAGGAUGGGCCUGGUGAGGCAUAUCUUCAUGAAAUUUAUAACAAUGAAGAGCUUCGGGAGCUUGUCAAACAGAAAUAUAUGAUCGAUUUGUUCCAUGAUUCCCUUGGAUUUGCUGCUGCCAAAAUGAUACGGCGAAUUGUUGGGGUAGCUCAUGUAGAAGAUUUCGAGUCAAUCAGUGAUCCUGCCAAACGAGGAGAUUGUGAGAGACGGGCUCUUGACUUUGCCAAGAUGCUUAUGAAGAAAAGAAGAAAUUUCUACACCAUCACUGAGGUUAUUUCUGCGGCUCAGUAACUCCAUAUGCAAACAAUAUUAUGGCUCUCAAUAAAAGUUAUAUGAACCAAACAUGAAGGGAGAACAGUGAACUGCUACUAUUUUCUUGCCUCAUUUGCUUCUGUACUGCUUAGCCACCACCAAAUAUUAGCCAGGUAAUGGUAUUGUAAUCAAUCUCGAAUCUUGCAGUCUUACUUUGAUGGCUUAUAACAUAUAUGGAAUGUGUGUGAGAAUAUUUUUGGAACUAAUUUCCAUUUUCAUACGAAGAAAUGUGAAGUAAUUUAUUCUUCCAUGAGCAAAAUAGGUUUAUUU